AUGCCACCCUUAGGAGACGCCGACACAAUCCGCAUCCUCGUCUCAACUGACAAUCAUGUCGGCUACAACGAGCGCGACCCCAUCCGCGGCGACGACAGCUGGAAGACCUUCCACGAAAUCAUGUGCCUCGCCAAAGAGCGCGACGUCGACAUGGUGUUGUUGGCUGGCGACUUAUUCCACGAAAACAAACCAUCCCGCAAAUCCAUGUAUCAAGUCAUGCGCUCCUUACGCGCAAAUUGUCUGGGUGACAAGCCCUGUGAAUUAGAGCUGCUGAGUGACGCUAGUGAGAAUUUCCAGGGGGCGUUUAAUCAUGUUAAUUAUGAGGAUCUGGAUAUCAAUGUUGCCAUUCCGGUGUUCUCGAUUCAUGGGAAUCAUGAUGAUCCGUCUGGAGAAGGGCAUUUAGCGGCGUUGGAUAUCUUGCAGGUUUCAGGGUUGUUGAAUUAUUAUGGGCGAACGCCGGAGUCGGAUAACAUACAGGUUAAACCUGUAUUAUUGCAGAAGGGUCGCACUAAACUUGCGCUGUAUGGUCUGAGUAAUGUGCGCGAUGAGCGAUUGUUUCGGACGUUUCGAGAUGGCAAGGUCAAAUUCUUCCAGCCUUCGGUGCAGAAGGAGGAUUGGUUCAAUUUGAUUUGCGUCCAUCAAAAUCAUCACGCUUAUACGGAGACGGGAUAUCUUCCAGAGAAUUUUCUUCCAGAGUUUCUUGACUUGGUUAUUUGGGGCCAUGAGCACGAGUGUCUUAUUGAUCCCAAACUGAAUCCGGAAACUAAUUUUCAUGUUAUGCAACCCGGGUCUUCAGUGGCUACGUCUUUGGUUCCAGGUGAGGCCGUCACUAAGCAGGUGUCGAUUCUAUCUAUUACCGGGAGGGAAUUCAAAAACGAGCCAAUACCGUUGAAGACCGUGCGUCCAUUCGUUAUGAAGGAGAUUGUGCUAUCUGAAGACAAAACAGCCAAGAAAUUGGCGCGAAAGGAGAACAACCGCACUGAAAUUACACGUUUGCUGAUGACCUACGUUGAGGACCUAAUCGAGCAGGCCAAAGCAGAAUGGUUAGAGACGCAUGAAGAUGAUAUUGGAGAUGACGAAGAACCCGAAAUUCCUCUUCCUCUUGUCCGUCUUCGUGUGGAAACCUCUACACCGGACGGUGGUAGUUUUGACUGUGAAAACCCACAGCGCUUCUCCAACCGUUUCGUGGGUAAAGUAGCCAACGUGAAUGACGUUGUACAAUUUCAUCGAAAGAAAAAAACCACCACGUCACGCAAAAAGGACGAUCUAGAUGCUGAGGCAGCUGUGUCGCAUUUAUCGACCCUCGAUACAGUCAAAGUCGAACAAUUAGUACGCGAGCUGCUCACUGCGCAAUCGCUGACUAUCCUGCCCCAGAACCUUUUCGGUGACGCCGUCACUCAGUUUGUUGACAAAGAUGAUAAGCAUGCCAUGGAGCUGUUUGUGAAUGAGUCACUUGAUAGUCAGAUCAAGCAUCUCUUGACGUUAGAGCGCGAUGCAGAUUUUGAAGAUGAGGACGAGACACAUCAAUCACUACGAAACGCAAUGGAAAAAUAUCGUGGUCAAAUGGAAGACAUGUUCGCCAAAGGUUCAGUGAAACGAACUCGAGGACAAAAGAAAUUCAAGCCCAAGCCAGACGGCUGGGAUUCGGAGUUUGAUGGCGCAUGGGAAGACCAGCCUGGAGCAUUGAUUCAUUCUGAUAAUGAAGGUGGUGACCCGAUUGAAGAAGAUGUUGCCGAAGAUGGCACCGAAAGAGCCGCACCAUCUGGUCGGGGUAGAGGAAGGGGUCGUGGUGGACGCGGUGCGGCGACUACUACAAGAAAGAGGGCAACUGCUGCUACUGCUACUGCGACUACUAAAUCCGGUACAGCAUCACGCGGAGGCAGAGGCAAGAAAACUGUUGUGUCGGACGACGAUGAAGAUGAAGAUGUGGUCAUGGUUGAAGACUCCAUGGAGGAGCCCGAAGCAAUCGUCUCAGAUGAGGAUGACUCGCAGGCCCUUUUUGUCCAACAAUCGCGCGGCAAAAAGUCGACCACUACGGCAAGGAAACCCGCGGCAAGUACUACCACAACGGCAUCAAAAAGUCGCAGCAAAAAGGCAGGCUCCCCAGCGCCAUCGUCGGUAACAGCAGGCGCAUCAUCUACAAGACGCGGUGGCCGGGGAGGAGCAAAAUCAACGCAGCAGACGACGCUGAAUUUCGCAUCGCAGGCCAGUUCGACGGGUGCCGUUCGACGGAAUGCUGCGCGUACAGCAAGAGCCGGAUUUACGGAGAUGAGCGAUGACGAGGAUGACGAUGACGAUGAUGCGUUUGAGCCUGCGACGAUCACUCGUAAACGUCGGUAG